AUGGGUCCAGAUCAACCAUUGCCUUACGACGGCAGCUGCUUCGACAAUGCACAAUCGUACGUAGCCUCCCUCUUGGACUUCGUCGGCAACAACGAACUACCCCAAACCCUAUGCGGAGGUGUACAUCUAUUGGACUUCUUCACGAACGAACCGGAUCUCUACUCCAAGAUCUUGCCGCAGGAUUGGCGGGAAUUCUUCGCCGAGCACGAGAUGAUCGAUCUGCUCGAUCUGUUCAUGAGGGAGGAUGUUGAUCUCUUUUCGAACGGCAGUGUUGGACGGCGGUGGCGAGACGGUCCUCUUCCUCCUGCAUCCUUGGUCAAAUAUCUGGUUCAAGUGCGGCAGCAUCUGCUGAAUCGCGAGAUCAACGUAUUUCAAUGCAGCCAAAAUCGCACGCAGAAGAAGCUCGCCAGGCAUGUUGCCGUCGGGAUGAACGUGAAGAAGGUGCAUGAAGUAGGUCUGUAUGCCGAGUACCUCGAUCAAUUGGCCUCGUCAAUCACUGCAACGGGCCACAACAUCACGCAUCUGGUAGACUUCGGAUCGGGGCAGAACUAUCUUGGUCGAGCUCUAGCCUCGGAACCAUACAAUCGCAACAUUGUAGCUAUCGAGUCGAAAGCUCACAACUCCGAACGAGCUAAGGAUUACGAUGUCAAGGCUCACAUCGUCGAGAAGAAGCGUAUGAUGCGUAAUAAGAAGAACCAUCGAUCAGGUCAGGAAGAAGUGGAGGCACCUCAACGGGCACCUCCCAGGUCUGAAGCAGCAAAGGCGAAGUGGCCUGAUAUCGAGAGAACUGAUGCUGUGCAAUACGUCGACCAUCGCAUCCAAGAUGGCGAUCUCGGCGAUGUGAUUGCUCGGAUAGCGGCCCCGACUACAGAGAAGGACAAGGCUAUGGAACAGUCAGUCAUGGUGAUGUCCCUCCACUCCUGCGGCAAUCUCGUCCACCACGGCCUCCGCUCGCUCACUCUCAACCCGGCCGUCAAAGCCGUUGCAUUAGUAGGGUGCUGCUACAAUCUGCUCACCGAACGCCUUGGUCCUGCAACGUACAAACUGCCUGAGCUUCGUCCGACGACGCAUCUACACCCUCGUCUCCGCAGCGGCUCAACCACUAAUGGGGAUGCAGAGGGCGACCCAGCAGGCUUCCCAAUGUCUGCUCGCCUCGCUGAAUCAGACGUGCGACUCAACAUCACUGCUCGUAUGAUGGCCGUUCAAGCUCCGCAGAACUGGGGACAAAAAGACAGCGAGUCCUUCUUCACCCGCCAUUUCUACCGAGCCCUACUUCAACGUGUUUUCCUCGAUUACGGCAUCGUUGGCCCACCAUCACCAGAAUGUGCCGGUGAAGCUAGUCCAGCGGGCCACUCCAGCGCGGGGACACCAAUUACCAUUGGAAGCUUGCGAAAAGGGUGCUACGAGUCCUUUGUAGCUUACGCUCGAGGAGCAUUGAGCAAACUAUGCGCCGAAGAUGCAGUAAACCCAGAACUUGGCAAACUCGUAGCGGAGAAGAUGGCUACGGUGGACGAUGGAAUGCUGAAAGGGUACGAAAAGCGCUUUGCGGCGAGGAAGAAGGACCUCAGCGUGAUCUGGAGCUUGAUGGCUUUCUCAGCCGGGGUAGUGGAAGCAGUCAUUCUGGUCGAUCGAUGGUGCUGGCUUGAGGAGCAGGAAGAGGUUGGCGAGGCGUGGGUGGAGCCAGUGUUUGGAUAUGGGCACAGCCCUAGAAAUUUGGUUGUUGUUGGGGUGAAGAAGUGA